AUGACCACAACACUUCCGUUUCGCAUCACCACCCGCACGAUCACAGACCUCUCCGAGCCAACCACAACACCAACUCCUGAAAACGAGCACUUCUUCCGUUAUACGAGUGGACGAUGGCUCUGGGAUGAAGAACAGCAGCUCCGGGACAGGUAUAAGGUCUUUGAUGUUGCUGCACUCCAAAGCCUCGCGGCUAACGCCGUUCGAUCAGACAGCUGCCUCUCCAUGACGAAGUUGGCCGAAGGAGGAUAUAAUAAGGUCUUCCGUUUGAUCAUGAAUGAUGGCAAGAAAGUGCUUGCCCGGAUACCAAACCCAACUGCCGGCCCAGCGUUCUAUACAACUGCAUCCGAAGUUGCUACCAUGGAGCUUGCCCGAGAUUUCCUUCAAAUUUCCGUGCCUCGAGUCCUUGAUUGGAAUGCCACGUCAAAGAACGCCGUUGACUCGGAAUAUAUCAUUAUGGAAGAAGCAUCUGGCACACAGCUUGGAGUCAUCUGGGAUCAGCUGAAUCCGGAUAAAAAACUCUCCAUCAUGAGGGAGAUAGUGAACGUCGAGUCAAAGAUGCUUGCGGUGUCCUUUGGUAGUAUAUAUUCCGCGAGCGAGGCAGUGGAAAGCGCAGUUCCAGCGCUGCUCACCAACGCCGCUUCCUCCGAACUGAAAGAGAGAGUGCGCAAGAGAUUCAGUAUUGGGCCUACCGUCGACCGAAGCUUUUGGAAGAAGGAACGCUCGUCGAUGCAGAUCCCGCGGGGUCCUUGGCGCACGCCCCGAGAAUCUGCGCUAAGUGUCGGUCGGCGUGAACGGGUGUGGAUCAAACGGUUUGCCAUCUCGAAACCAUCAAGCGAAGCUACUCUCGUUUCCCCAGCCCAAAAUAGUCCACAGGCACAUCUGCAGCUGUUGGAGAAGUAUCUCCAAGUGGCUCCUGCUCUGAUGGGCAUUGACCCCGUUCUCACUCGCCCUACGUUAUGGCACGGAGACCUUCAUUCAUCGAUAUUAAUUUUUUGA